AUGCCGUUUGCUUGUCCUCCGAAUUCAACCUUAACAACAGUUUCCACUGAUAAUACGGAGAGAAAAUCUACCUCCUCUCAAUACUGUUACGUUUGCAGCGAGCACUUUGCUCCCGAUUGUUUUGAAUCGGACCUAAGACAGAAACUUACACCAUGGCAACCUUUAAAAAGGCGACUGAAGCGGGAUGCAGUACCAUCGAUCUUUUCAUUUGGCCCUCAACCCAGUAAAAAGCGUCUGUCUAGCGAGCAUCGUACAGAGAAACGUCAGGCUGAUCAAGACAAGGAGGAACUUUCAAAUAUUUUAGAACAAUGUUCCUCCACAAGUACAAAUGUUUUCUCAGUGGUUGAGCCUGAAGCAAAUAACAGUUGUGAUUUGGGUGCGUCUGACAGUCCUGAAGCAUUGCCAACUAAUUAUUGCAAGCCAGAAACCAAAGAUGCAUCAACACAGUGUUCAUUUGUUGUGAGGAGUUUACAUGCCAUGGAAGUCCAAACUACACUGUCGAUGCUGAAUACUGUGGAUGCAGAGGCUGAAAACAAACACCCUCAUAUUGAUCACCAAUAUGAUGUGUGGCAUUGUCUAAAUCUGUCACAAAAACUAACAAAGAAGGCUAACAUUAAGGAAAUGAUGACUUGA